AGUUAGCAGGAUGCGUGCUGAGUAUCCGCAUAGCCUUCUUCUUGCCGUGUUGACAUGUAUUCCACUUCUCUAUGAACGAUUAACGUAAGGGCGAUUUAAUAAACAUUUUACAGUGACUAUGGAUUCACAGAUUUCCCCGAAUCACUCAGUAACACAUCGUUAAUUUCACGAGUGUGUUUGCUUGCUGCUGACGUCAGCGUGGACACUAACGUCAACAUAGAUCAACUAAACUAACUGGGUGUCGGAGUUGUGGAUGUCACCUGUAGUUAUAAUCUAACGUCAACGUCGUCUGGCGACCACAGGAGCUGUCACAAUGAGGAUUUUAAGGUUUUUGAGGAGCAGUGUGUCCAUAGGAAAGGACAUUGAUUAUUACUCCAAAUUUUCACCCUCUCCUCUGUCAAUGAAGCAGUUUCUGGAUUUUGGCUCAGAAAAUGCAUGUGAGAAAACAUCAUUCACCUUCCUCAGACAGGAGUUACCUGUGAGGUUGGCAAACAUCAUGAAAGAGAUCAACUUGUUGCCAGACAACUUACUGAGGACUCCAUCGGUGGGGUUGGUCCAGGGCUGGUACAUGCAAAGUCUUCAAGAGAUUCUUGAGUUCAAAGACACAAAUGCAGAUGAUGAGAAAGUCACAUAUGAUUUCACAGACGCGGUAAUAAAGGUCAGAAAUCGGCACAAUGAUGUCAUUCCCACCAUGGCUCAGGGAGUCGUGGAGUACAAGGAGACCUACGGCACAGACCCCGUCGUCAGCCAAAAUGUUCAGUAUUUUCUGGAUCGUUUCUACAUGAGCAGGAUAUCCAUCAGGAUGUUGCUCAACCAGCACACUCUCCUCUUUGGUGGGAAGGUGAAGGUGAACCCAGCUCACCCCAAACAGAUCGGCAGUAUUGAUCCAAAUUGUCGUGUCAGCGAGAUCAUCAGAGACGCCUAUGCAAAUGCACGAAACCUCUGUGACCGGUACUACAUGAACUCUCCUGAGCUGAUACUGGAGGAAUUCAAAGUCAACCCCAUCACUGUGGUCUAUGUUCCAUCUCAUUUGUAUCAUAUGGUCUUUGAACUUUUUAAGAACGCCAUGCGGGCCACCAUGGAGCUGUACGGCGACGCCAUGGAGUAUCCUCCGAUCCAUACGCAGGUCGCUCUGGGAACUGAAGAUCUGACGGUCAAGGUGAGCGAUCUUGGAGGAGGAGUGCCCCUGCGCAAGAUUGACAGGUUGUUUACCUACACGUACUCCACGGCUCCUCGACCCAGCAUCGACAUGGCCCGUGCUGCUCCUCUGGCUGGUUACGGGCAUGGCCUGCCCAUCUCUCGCCUGUACGCCCGCUACUUUCAAGGGGACCUGAAGCUGUACUCUCUAGAGGGCUAUGGAACUGAUGCUGUGAUCUACAUUCGGGCGCUCUCCACAGAGUCCAUCGAGAGGCUCCCCGUGUACAACAAGUCGGCAUGGAAACACUACAAGACGAUCCACGAGGCCGACGACUGGUGCGUCCCCAGCAAAGAGCCAAAGGACAUGACGACAUUUCGCAGUUUCUAGAUCCAGCAAGCCGCAGUCCCGUAGCCUGCUGGUUUUUUGUGCCAUAUUUUUCAAAGAGGUCAAUAGUUUUGUUAUUAUGAAGAAAACCGUGUUUCCUUCUCACUCCUACUGGUACCAUUAAAAGGCAAUGACUGGGACGAACCAGGACCAGGUUUCUGGAAACCACGUUGAUGUUGAAAGUAAAGCCUAACUAAGACGGGAUUUUUCAGGAGGAUGCUAUUGCUGAUAUUUUGGUUUUUAAAAGCACUAGCAACAUAUGUGUAACAUAACCGUAACAUUAUCAUUAUGAACCCUGAGCUGACGUAGGCUGCACAAACAAACAAUAACGUAAUCAACGUUUCUAAUUUACAAACAUAUUUUUGAAUUACUGAAGUGCAAUUUGUUAUUUAUCAAGCAAUAUAAUAACAAAGACAGUACACUUGUUACAAACUAAAGUCAGCUGAUGAAAUCAGUCAAAAUGUAAUUUCUAGACGCUUUGUAAACAAACUAAAUUCUAUUUAACGGCGUGUCGUCAUUUGAAACUCUGCAGUUACGGUUUGACCCGUUUGUAUUGUUUGCUCUCCUGGUUUACAGCUUUUAUUGAGCUCUAACUGUUACAGUCCGUCUGUUGCAGCUUGUUCAGCUCAUCAUGGAAACUUGUUUCACGACGAGUCGCUGCUUGUUUUUAAAUUUGUUGGAAGUUUCUGCUGAUGAGUGAUCGGUUAAAGUGUUUUAAUUUUGGUCAAUUUGUCAGUUGGAUAAUGUAUACAAGCAACAUGUGAUGAAAAACAUUGAUUUACCGAUAUUUUGCACCUGCUUUUAUUUGAUAUUUCAUAAAUGGAUUAUUAUAAUUGCACCUUGCUGAUGCCCAAAUUUGAAGGCCGAUUUGUUGUAUUGGGUUUGCAACAUAUUUCGUUUUCUUCUUCCUCACAAGUUGUAUCAAAUACAAGAGACACAUAUUUGGAUUACUGUGGUUGCAUUGUUAAGACUUAUCCUGUCAAAUAAGCCCAAUAUUUUCCAUGUGAAACUGAAGCAGUUAUUCUGUAAGGAUCAUGUUCAGUGAAAAAUAAAUAUUUCAAAACAGAAA